AUGGAUCUCUAUUUAAGGAUUUUCAUAGCUGUCAUACUUUUCGUGUGCUUGUAUGCGGCUCCCAUUGAUUUGAUAUGUCGAAAAUGUGGGAACACAAUAACGACAUCAGCUGAAUUGAUUAAUAGAACGAGUCCAACCAAAGCCAAAUACGAUUAUGUGUUCCCAAUUGCCGACAAGAAUCUCUCGAUUAGUGUUUUUGAGAAUCCGGCAGGUCAAACCUUUCACGUGGUGGCUUCGAAAACCGGGAACCUUCAUUUCCAGGGAGAUGCUUCACACGAUGCUUCGUGGUUCCCCGGAAUGCAUUGGAUCAUUUGCGUGUGCUCGACGUGUAAACAACAUAUGGGAUGGUACUUCAAGAUGAACGACGAUCCAACGAACGAUAAGAAGAACUUUGUGGGACUGGUGCUCACUAACAUCAUCUCCGCAUCUUAUACGGAUCAAUUGAUGAAAACACCCGGGUCAUCAGAAAAC